UAUUUGGGUUGGUGUUCAUUUUGUUGGUCCGUGUCCAGAUGAAGCUGCUGCUGCUGCUGCUGCCGGCGCUGCUGGCCUUGACCUCGGCCAGUCUUCAGGACAUCGUGAAGAAAAGCUCACGGCUCACGAAAGCUUCCAUACUGAACCCAGAUCUGGAGGCCCGGGUUCCUGAGCCCACGGGUAACCAUGUGUCGGCUCCUCUGACCCCCCCGGAUCUGGAGCAGCAGCAGGACCUGCCCUCCUCCUUCAUGUUUGCAGAUAACGUGAACCUGGAGUGGCUGACGUGGGACGGCUCUUUGCCCAACGGCGCCGUUUCCAUCUACAACGGCUACACCGAGCGAACCGACUACGUCUGCAAGUACAACUGUGAGGCCGGGUUCUACAACCCCAGCCUGGGCCCCUACUGCCGAUACCCCUACGGAGACCGCGAGUACUACGCCCCUGAGUUCCAGAUCCUGGCCAACAAAGACAACUUCGAGUUCCUGGAGUGGAAGGAGGACUCGUACGGUUCCGUGCCACAGCACUCGGUCAGGACCUGCCAGGGGGUGGGCAUCUACGUCGGCAAGAACAAGUAUGGUCUGGGCAAGGUGGUCCCUCAGUUUGAGGCCUUCUUCCUGCCUUGGGAGGGUGACGAGUACUGGUACAAGAAGUACCAGGUCCUGACCAUCAACAGGGACGCCUACACUCAGCACAUCUCCGACGUCAAGUACGCCAUCGACGAGGUGGCCAUCUUCCAGUAUCCUCCAGAGACCAUGCAGAUCUCCGGGGUCACCAACAACGAGUGUCAGACUGUCACGAAGACCGUCACCAUCUCCAAGACCACCGAGGUGGAGACCACCUGGAACAUCGGCAGGGCCACCAUGCUGGGAAUCACAGGCAGCAUCACGGCAAAGAUCCCCCUGAUUGGCUCCGGCGGCAUCGAGCUGAGCGGCGAGAAGACGCUGCAGUUCUCCAGAGGAACCACGGUGGUGGAGGCGCUCAGCCACUCGGUGUCCGUGGAGCUCAGCGUCCCACCCAACCACUCCUGCAGAGUCCGCAUGGAGGGACGCAAGAUCAAGGCCGACGUCCCCUACACGGCCCGGCUCAGCCGCACAUACCGCAACGGAGAGACGCAGUGGACGUCCAUCGCAGGAACGUACGACGGCGUCCAGAUCGGAGAGGUCCGAGCUGUGGUGGACCGCUGCGAACCGGUGGCCGACGCCAAACCAUGUCCCUGAAAAAAGAAGAAAUGAAAGCAUGCACAUUUUGUAUUUGGUUGAAUGUGAAGAAACAUCCUCAUAAAAUGAUGUAAAACUUCAACAUUUCUUUUCUUUGUCUUCGUUUAUAAAACCAACACAUGAACGGAUGAAAUGUUCUGGUCUCCAUUUUUACAGUGGAUAAAUAAAC